CACGCCACGGACAUUCACUUCCAGACAGUGAAGAGAGAGAAAGUGAAAUUGCAGUAGAGCUCUCCACAAGAUUCGCCUCUACUUCCUCUUCACUGUGCCUGUGUUGAGAGAGAAGGAGAUGAAUAUGCAGAGCAUCCACAUGAAAACCACUCUUGAAUUUGUCCUCUCACUUAUCUUCCCCUGCAAAUUUCCAAUUUAGAGAGAGUGAUCUCAAUUUGCAGAGGUUCAAGAAAUCUGUCUCUAAAAAUUCCUCCUCUUCAAGUUCCCAUCCACAUUACACAGAGGGCAGAGAGAGAGAGAGAGAGAGAGAGAGAGCUGAAUUCAUACCCCACCCAUGAUGAGAACGCCCCUCCACCACCUCCUCCUCUGCCUCACCUUCCUCUGCAUAGUUCCAUCCACCCACCUCUCCCCAACACAAAAUGCCAGCGGACGGAAAGCCCGAAUCCUUCACCAACCACUCUUCCCUAUCUCUCCUCCCCCUUCCCCCCCUCCUCCCCCUCCAACCGAACAAACUCCUUCCACCUCAGAGCCCUUCUUCCCUUUAGUUCCCCCCUCUGUUCCCCACCAAGACCCGGCCCAAACUGUCACAAUUCCGGCCAAUAUCUCCAGCCUAAAUUCACCUCAAAACCAUGCCGGAAAGCAACCAAACGCCACUCCCAAAAUAGUAAUGGCGGUCUCCAUCUCUCUGUCCGCGUUUUUCGCUCUCUUGGCCCUCGCCUUCUUCCAGUACCAUCGUCGCAAAAGCAAACCACCAGAUUCAGAGAAGCUGUUUUCUAGAGAGCCAAAUGCCAGAUCUGAAAAUUCAGGCCAUUUUCGAGCUCCAAGUGUGUCGGAUUUGCUCUAUCUGGGAACAGUUGAGCCUUCAAAUCAGACGAACAUUACAUCAAAUUCGAAUCAGAGGACCACCACAUCCAUCCGGUCACCUUAUCAUAAGUUGAGCGGGUCGAAUAUCCGGCAAAAUGGGUCAGAUUUCUAUAGGCCAAGCCCUGAAUUGCAACCAAUGCCACCCCUGAAACAAAAAUGUGAAUCAGAUUUCCGGCCACGACAAGUGUCACCACCAGUGGUGUCAUCAGAGGAGGAAGAAGAGUCCGAGUCAUUCUAUUCACCCAGGGAGUCUUCCACUGGGACCCAUGAGAGCCCCUCGGGAGGACGUAUUUUUACAGCUCCUGCCCAUGCCUCCACCAAAAGAGUGAUUCAUAGCUCUCCAUCAAAACCUCCACCAACUCCAUCUCCGCCGCGGCCUCCAACUCAACCUUCGUUACCACCAAAACCUUUGCCAACUCAAUCCUUGCAAUCUCAGCCUGUCGAAGUACCGCUGGUUCCACCCCCAAAGUUCCAGCAGCCAAAGACACCAUCUCCUCCAAAACGGAAACCAAAAUUAUCGUCUCCACCAACACCACCGCAGACUAAGCUGUUGUUCCCUUCCAUUUCAACACUUGCACCACCAGAAUUUGAAGCACCAACAAAAAUGGAGGCGCUGACAAAAAUAGGGGCUUCUCCAAAUAUGAAAGAACCCCCAAGAAUAGUAGCAAAUGUCAAAUCACCACCACCUCCACCUCCACCGCCGCCACCACCACCUCCUUGUCCUCCUCCUCCUCCUCCUCCACCACCACAUCUGCCAACUUUGGAGGUGAAAUCAAGGUUAAAUGAGUCAUUUUCUCAGCCCAUCAAGCUUCAAAGAGAGUCAAGGCCGCGAGCUUUCAUGGCUACUUCAAGGCCCACAACUCAGGCUGCGAAACCUGAUAGCGCUGGAAAGGAGGGACCUGAGCAAUUUGAUGUGGUGGAAAAUGGGGAGACUCCACGGCCGAGAUUGAAGCCUUUACACUGGGACAAAGUUCGAGCGAGUUCGGAUCGAGCCAUGGUCUGGGAUCGAUUGAAGCCAAGCUCAUUCCAAUUAAAUGAGGACAUGAUAGAGACAUUAUUUGUUUGCAAUCCUGCAAAUAAUGUUCCAAAAGAUGUUAGCAAGAUAUCUGUUCCCCCUCUUCUUGGACAGGAGAGCCGAGUACUGGAUCCAAAAAAGUCUCAAAACAUAGCCAUUCUUUUGCGAGCGUUAAAUGUGACACGCGAGGAAGUCUGUGAAGCUCUUUUGGAGGGUAACCCUGAGGGUUUGGGUGUAGAACUCCUGGAGAAUUUGGUGAAGAUGGCUCCAACCAAAGAGGAAGAAUUGAGACUGAAAGAGUACAAUGGCGACAUCUCCAAACUUGGAUCUGCAGAGCGUUUUCUCAAGGCACUUCUAGAUAUUCCCUAUGCUUUUAAAAGAGUUGAUGCAAUGCUUUACAGGGCCAACUUUGAAGCAGAAGUAAAGUACUUACGGAAAUCAUUUGAAACACUAGAGGCAGCCUGCGACGAAUUGAGAAGCAGCCGUCUAUUCCUCAAAUUAUUAGAAGCUGUUCUAAGAACAGGGAACCGUAUGAAUGUGGGCACCAACAGGGGCGAUGCCGAAGCAUUCAAGCUCGAUACACUUCUAAAGCUUGCUGAUGUUAAGGGAACGGAUGGGAGGACAACCCUACUCCACUUUGUCGUCCAAGAAAUCAUUAGAUCUGAAGGCCCAGCUCUAUGCUCUAAUUCCCAAUUACCAUUUCAGACACCCCAGAAAAGUGAGGAAGAAUUUAAGAAACAGGGGUUAAAGGUAGUGGCUGGACUCAGUAAUGAGUUAAGCAAUGUGAAGAAGGCGGCUGGAAUGGACUCAGACGUAUUGAGCAGUUAUUUGUCGAAGCUCGAACAAGGUAUGGAGAAGAUAAGGUUGGUUUUGGACUCGGACAAAACGCGUACUCACAGGAAGUUUGAGGAUUCAAUGUUGGGUUUUCUUCAUGAGGCUGAGGAUGUUAUUGUUAGGGUGAAAGCUGAGGAAAGUGUGGCUCUUUCAUUGGUAAAAGAGAUUACCGAGUAUUUCCAUGGAAAUUUAGCAAAGGAGGUAGCCCACCCAUUUAGGAUAUUUGUAAUAGUGAGAGAUUUUAUGUCAAUAUUGGAUCAAGUGUGUAAAGAAGUGGGAAAGAUUCAAGAUACAAAGAUAGCAGGUGCAGCUCGAUCGUUUAGGAUAUCUGCAAGUUCUUCAUUGCCAGUUUUUCCAAGAUUCAGCGAGAGAAAGCACGGGAGCUCAGACGAAGAUAGUUCUUCCCCUUGAAAUAUCCAAAGAAGGGGUAGAAAUUUUGAUCAGAAGACCUUGUUUCAUGGCAUUAUUACAAAUGAUGGUAUUCAAUGAAGAUUGUCAUUUAGGCAAGUUUGUCAAUUAAUUUAAGAAGGGGCCAGCCAAAUACAUGGUGGCUACUCGGGGAAAAAGGAUAAGAGUUGUUUGGGUGACACUUCAGAUCUUUUUUGUAAUGAGAGAAAUCUGUUAACCAUAUAAAUUAUACCUUGAACCAAGUGAAUGGUUCCAACGAGAAGAUGAGAUUUUAGAGAUCAUGCCUUGUUCAAAGCUCACAAUCAGAAGCCAAGCAAGAAAAAAGGAGUGGAGAUGAUUGAUUUGUUAAUUUCAUAUAGUUGAAAUAAAUAUAAUUCCCAUAAUUUUGCACAUUUGUGAAAUAAUUAUGCUAUUUCUCAUACAA